UUUGGACUAUGUUACGUACCAAGUAGUUUGUCAAAAUUAUUAGAAUUCAAUAUCGCACGUGCUAAUUUGCCAAUGCUGAUUUGUUUCGAGUUUAGUUAUUGUGUUUCCCGAAAUGCUAAUUUAGUUUGAAAAAGUGAAGGGACAUCCGUACAUUGCACUAACGGCUAUCUUUGAGACCCGGAAGACACGAGCAACUACGGCAUGUCUUUUUUUUUUUUUGCAGCCCACGUUCCUGGUCAUCAGAGCCAUACAGAGCCACAGAGCACCUUUCUACGUCACAAGGAGUGAGGAAGAGGCAGACAGUCCUUGCGACCGGCCGGCACUCUUAGUCAUUCCUGUCAGGCAGAUUUCCGUGGCAGCUCCUCCACGUCCCAGACCGCCGACUAAAUCCACCCUGUCCGACGUGGAAUGAGUUUUAUCAAGUGGAGACGGAGUGUGAAAGGGAAAGACAGCAAAAUGGAUGUCAUGCAGGCACAAGACGUUCCUGAUGGUGCACACUCUCCGAGUGGGUUAUCAGUCAUAAACACUCCGGAUUUGGAUCCCAUCAUCAGCAACUUCAAGUUGCACUUACCAGACAAUAAAGAUGCUCAGCAAGAGACCAACCCUUCCAACGGGUGCUUGAAGUCGGACCUGUCGCUGGCUUUGGAGGACUGCAUGGCCGCCCUGGAUCUCUUCCUCCAAAAUGACUUUGAGGAGGCGCAGGCUCGCCUCAGGCCCCGAACCAAAGACAGCAUGUACCAUGCCCUGACCUACGCCACCAUCCUAGAAAUGCAGGCCAUGAUGACCUUUGAUCCCCAACACAUCCUGGAGGCAGGGGACACCAUGAAGGAGGCCCAGGCUAUUUGUCAACGGCACCGCAAGAAGUCCAGCUUCUCCAAGAACUUCACAGAAGAUGAGCUCCACGCUGAAGUCUGCUAUGCUGAGUGCCUCCUGCAAAGGGCAGCACUCACCUUCCUGCAGGACGAAAAUAUGAUCAGUUUUAUCAAAGGAGGAAUCAAAGUGAGGAAUAGCUACCAGACGUACAAAGAGCUUCACAGAGUCCUCCAGUCCACUGGGUAUUGUCACGGCGACAAUCAUGGUCAUUUUGAGGGCGGAGUCAAAUUGGGAGUUGGAGCCUUUAAUCUGAUGAUCUCCAUGUUACCUACACGGAUGCUGAAGCUAUUGGAGUUUGUGGGCUUCUCUGGUAAUAAAGAAUUUGGCCUCCAGCAGCUUCAGGAGGGCUCUGCAGAAAGCACAUUCAGGUCCUUCUUAUGUAACAUGCUGCUGCUUUGUUAUCACACCUUCAUGAGCUUUAUACUAGGCACUGGAGAAGGAGAUGUAGAAGAUGCAGAAAAACUGCUGCAACCGUUUCUGGAGAAAUACCCUAAGGGAUCCAUUUUUUUGUUCUUCGCUGGUCGAAUCGAGGAGAUCAAAGGCAAUCUGGAUGCUGCUAUCAAGCGUUUUGAGGAGUGCUGCGAGGCUCAGCAGCAGUGGAAGCAGUUCCAUCACAUGUGCUACUGGGAGCUGAUGUGGUGCUUCACGUAUCAGAGGCACUGGAAGAUGGCCUACUUCUACGCUGAUCUGCUCAGCAAGGAGAACUCCUGGUCCAAGGCCACCUAUGCGUAUAUGAAAGCAGCCUACCUCAGCAUGCUGACGGAGGAUGAUUGUUUAACCUUCGGGGAGACUGCGCUCACUCUGUUCAGGCAGGUGCAUGGGCUGAAGCAGAAAAUUGCAGGCAAGUCUUUACCAACAGAGAAGUUUGCCAUCAGGAAGGCUCGCCGCUACCUAGCAGAAAGCCCCAUUCCUCUUCCUGUUCCUCCACUUGAGAUGAUGUACAUUUGGAACGGCUACACGAUCAUCGGCAAACACAAAGAUCUGACUGAAAACAUGCUGAAGACGCUGAAUGAGGCCCAUGCGAAACUUGACAACCUGGAAAGGAAUGAGUUCUCCAUUGAUGACCAGUGUCUGCUGAGCCUCCUGAAGGGACUAUGUCUCAAACACCUGGGACACCAUGAGGAGGCUGAACACUACUUUACUCUAGUACUCUGCAACGAGACACAGAUCAAAUAUGACCACUAUCUGGUUCCCAAUGCAAUGUUGGAGCACAGCUUAUUGUGUCUGGAACAAGGCCGAAAUGAUGAAGCAGUAAAACUACUAGAAGCAGCAAAGCAAAAUUACAAAAACUACUCCAUGGAAUCUCGGACUCACUUCCGCAUCCAAGCCGCCUUGCGCAAAGCCAGGGGAGCGAGACAAAAUGGUGUCCAUGUGCCCUCAAGUCCAUAACAAACAGAGGAGGGCGCACCAGAGCUGAGAUAGCUUCCUGCAUUGACACUCCCAGAAUGCACCACUCCGCUUUACCCAGCCCUGUUAGAGGGUUGGAAUGGUCUCUUUUUCAGGAGAGUAUGUGGGAAGAGGAAUGCUUGAUAUUUAUUUAUUUCCAUUGUAUGUUCAUUUUGUCUCCUCUACUGGUAACCGCCGCUGAUGGCGUGCUCUUGUGGCACUGAUGGCGAUCAUCAAGACGUGUCCUCAUCUUCCAAACAUGCAUUCAUUUCCUCAGUUAAUUGGGAAAAGAGGCAAGUCCAGACAUGUGCCUCAAAUCAUAAGAAAAUGUCACUACUGGCGCUUGCACUGCAGUCACCCAUAAAGGUGCGACAAGGAAGUAGCAAAGAUGGCCUUAGCUGCAAAAAAGUGUGGUCUUAAUGGAACAAAAAUAAUGUCGUUUAAAUUAGAGGCCAUCCAUAAAAUAGGUGGUGAGACUGUGUAUGAGCUAAGUUAUCAUUGAGCUUUUACCUUUUGAACCAUCAUUAUGUUGGAUUAGUAUUCAUUGCAUUUAACACAGUUGUUUUCCAUAUGUCUUCACUCUGCUCAAAUGUAUGAAAACAUCCACAGAUCCAUUUCAUAGUGCCACCUUUGACAGUCCCACGUGCCUGUUGAACAUAGGCAAACUGUCCAUUGCGCCUCUUGCAGCACCUACUUCUCUAUACUGUAAAUGGCACCUUUGACUCAAAUUCUCCUGUUAUAAGAGGACAGAUGAACAUGUCUUUUAAAAAGGCAGCCUUCCUCCUUCUCUUCUCCUAGUCUUGUGGGACAGACUCCAGCAGCACUUGAGAGCCUUGAACAAACAGGCCAUUCACUCUGAGCAGUGAGGGGACCACGUUUUUGUCGGCCUGUUGCAUCUUUAGUGAGGGGAGACGCUCUAAAACCACUACAGUGAACCUGCUGCUCCUGUAUCAGCCAUGCUUGAUUCACGUUAUUCUGUGAGAGGGGCUUGAAUGUCAUAAUUAGGGUUCACAUCAAACUGAAUAAAUACUGCAGAGUGAGUCAAACUAAAGGAGAGACGGACCGUGUUAAUAAUGACUGGAUUACUUGAAGGGCGAGCCCCAGCAUCAGACAGUUGAAAACCUCGAAAUUGCUCAUUUAUUCAUGAUUAGAGUGAGGUUUGGUGUCCAUGGUGGUUUUCCUUAUUAUCUUAACAGCUUUUUUGGAAUAGUCCCAUAACAACUUGUAUUUUAUUGUCUUAUAUUCAUACUGUAUUCUUGCUCUAAUGUUUCACUUUGACAUUUAAACAUCAAACUCUCUGGAAUUUGCUAUCAGGAAAAUUGUAACGGACAAGGCUACCACUGAGCUUCGUUACAUUCCUGUAUAUACUGAAUUUUUUAUUGUAAUUUAAGAUGGAAUUACGAGAACAGUCUCAUAAAAAGCAUGUGUUGUUUGCUUGCCAUCGGCAAAUUGUGUGUACUACGAAGCACGUUAUUUACAGCGAGAGUGUUCAGUGUAGGAGGCACUACAAAACUUGAGGUGUGGCCAGGGGCGGACCCACUAUUAAGGCAAAGCAGGCAAUUGCCUUGGGCCCCCAACCAGUAGGGAGCUCCCGACCAGCACGGGCCAGGGCCACCACAGCCAGCAGCACCCCCAAACUAUAUUUAUGUAUAAUUAUGUUAGUAUACUAAACAAGCAAAUAACAGAAUAAAAAAGGAAGCCAUCUGAAAGCUAAAUUCACAUUAUCUGCCUCUCUCAUCCCCACACUACAAUGGACUGUUCCAUGAUGACGCAAGACUGACCAGGAAUGUGUGUGAAGCGUGUGAAACUACUUAAAACGAAAAGAAAUGACCGGAGCUGGGCUGAGAAGAGGAAACGCUGAGAGGACGCCAAAUAUAUAUUGCCUCAUUACCGAAGGUGUCAACAUUCUUCACGGUGUCGGUAGAAAAAAAUGUCAACUGUCACAAACUACCGCCCACUGUGAGCGAGUUCCUGCCCGCUACCGGAUGAUGACUUUGGUGCUGCGACACUACAACUUUGUGUUAGGUCCAGUGAGAAGUUACAGCAACAAGUAGGACUUGUCUUUGACACUUAUGUAAUGAAAAACACCAAUAUGGAUGAAAUUCAACAAGAUAAUAAGCAUCCACAUUAUGUAUUUGAACAAAUAUGAAAUUAUGUAUUUGUACAAAUAUGAAAAACCUCAAUUUUACUUCUGGAAAUGGGGAGAAGGCAAUAGUUGUAUUAAUGAAAUGGUAAUUAUUGUUAAAACAUUGUAGCGACGGGUAUAUUGUGUUGCUCCCAGCUGUGGUUUUGGUGUGUGAGCUAUAGGGGGCAGUCGGGUUCAGCAUGUUAGUUGGAGCAAGCGUUUGGAGGGAAAAGGCUUAGAAUAAGGUGUGAAGGAAGUGUUGCGGUUUUACACACGUGUAGCUAAGUGCUCCUGCAUCUGUAAGUGCUUUUCUACUUAUGAAAAUAAAUGGCCAACUGAGUACAGCCAUCCUGACGUGCAGAUUAU